CAAGAGGUCUACGACGGUCUACUAUCCAGGCCAGACGACGCACCGGCCAUCGUAACGUUAGGUCCGCUAUGCGAGUUCGUAGUCGAAGAUAGUACGUUACCGCCCGACUGUCGAUACGUAGGUAGAGACCGGCGGCGGAUCCGAGAACAUCUCAGGGUCAAGCAUGGCUGGGACUUGGGACUCAAGGGUGGA